UCAAGCCAUCACAGUGAAAAAAUGUUCGUUCAUCGGGUUGCCCGAUAGGUGCGCGUGAACUGUCACUCUCAAGUGGUGCAUCGGUCAACACAAGUGUCUGUGAGAUGAGUUUGUUUUGCUUAUUUUCUUUUUUUUAGGGCAUGAAGUGCAUAUUUGUCAUUAAUAAUUAGUGAAGAAUUUUUUCGAGAGAGAUUUUUUCGCAAUGACUUCGUUAAUUGAGAGUUAUGAACAGCAGUAUUCGGUACUCACGGCCGAAAUAACAUCCGAAAUUGGCAAACUGAAGCGUAUGCCAGCAGACAGUGAAAAACGUGAACAAAUACGAGCAAUAAAUGCAAGCAUCGAUGAAGGUUUGGAAUUGCUGGAGCAAAUGGGCUUGGAGAUACAAGACGUUGAUUCAGCAACGAAAAGCAGUUUUACCUCCCGUUUGAAUUGCUAUCAAGCCGAAUUGAAGCGGCUCACUCAGGAAUUUCAAAAUGCAAAAAAUGAGACACAAAUUCAAAUGUACGAUUCGUCCGACUUUGAUGAACUAACCACAAGUGGUAUAAGCAGUGGACAACAAAGGCGUUUGCUGGACAAUUCAGAGCGUAUCGAACGGACGGGCAAUCGAUUGACAGAGGGAUACAAAACGAUAUUGGAAACGGAAAGUAUUGGUGCAAGCAUAUUACAAGACUUAUCAUCACAACGGGAAACAUUGAAAACAUCACGUGCGAGGUUGCGAGAAGCCAAUGAAGACUUGCGUCAAUCGUCUCGAAUCAUGAAUUCGAUGAUAAUGCGAUCGUUACGAGAACGUGCUGUUUUGUUUGGUGUUAUAACUAUCUUUGUUGUGGUGGUCAUUUCCACAUUCUACUAUGCCGUUACCCAUUAAAUCGUUCGGUUCAGCGGCACAAUUGGUCAUUCCAUGGAUUCUAAAUCAAACACGGUUUUUCCCCAUAAACCAAAUAUAUGAUAUACAUAUUUAACUUUUAACUCUGAGUACUUGUUUAAUCAUCAUCAAUUAAUCUAUUUUAUCGUGUUGUUUUGAAAAGACUAUUUUAUUGUGUAAGCCAAAGCAUUGUGAAAUAAAGUCCAAGGCAAAAUUGCAAUUAAA